AUGUGUGGCCCCGAAACCCCAUCCUCAACACCUCGAAUCGGCGCCCGAGUCGACUUCUUUUCCUUAUCUUCCAGAGACCGUCACCUCCUAGGCAACCUCCUCUUUCUCAACCCAUCGAACCAUAACAGCCAACAAGCCACCCACUUUUCGUUUAUCAGUCCAUCAACGACCCCGGUGCUGUCCGAGAGAGGUCCAGUAAGAGGAGAUGCCUCAGACUCGUCCGACUCUUCGGAUUCCGAGCUCGAUGAUCGUGUGAUUGUUUCUAUACAUCAAACCGGCGACAUGACCAAGUCCGUUCAUGAAUGCGGGCUGCUGAAGCAGUUCACGCUGGACGAGAGCAGCUGUCAGAUGUGCGCUUUGAAAGAGAACCUGUCCAUCAGUGUCGGGCAAGACGGCAUCAUUGGGAGGAGGGUGUCGAUGAUGAGGGGUGGGGUGGUGCUUGGUGAUGGGAUUGUUGGGUAUAAUUGCUGA